AAUUCCAAUGCACACACCGAGCGGAGCAUAAGCUUUCUGCAGCCACGCCGAUAAUUCGAUCAGGGACAUUACUACAAUGUAUCAACCAAGGAGAUUGUUUUCGGGAAUAACACUUGAUCAUGUAAACGGGUAGGCUAAACUACAUACAUAGCUGGACUACAUUAUGAUAUUGAUACAAGAAUUGUGGAGAUAUCAAACGUCUUGACUACAAAAAAGUAUUUGGAUUAUUCCCGACGGACCCCGUGAAACGGAUUUACAUAGCCCUGCAUAUCGAUAAUAACAAACAUUAUCGGGGAUUUUACCGAAUGGUUGUUGGGAACGGGGCAACUUCUCUUCGGUGAUUGCCAAAUGCGAAGUCUACGGGUUGGACAACUUUUGCCCGUUCCCGUUUCUUGCAUAAACCCAUUGGAAAUUAUUGAAAAAGGAGAGGGAUCCUAGAUUGCACAAAGCUUCUCAAACCUUCCUCAUAUUUAUAUUUUUCUUGUUGGUUUUAUGGAGGUAACUCUGGGUUUGGGUGCUAGACGCGGUUAGACUGGGUGCGUGGAGCAUCGGAACACCUCGGAUUGUAUUCCUCCCUCCCUCUCUCCCCUGGCUUUAUUUCAUGUCCAAGCUGACUGCCUUAUGACAAUGGAUUACUUUCUGGUUUUAUGUAGCCUCUUGCUUCCCAUGGCGUCAGCUGUUGAAGAAACAUUAAUGGACACCAAGUGGGCCACAACAGAACUAGCCUGGACCGCACAUCCUGAAACUGGGUGGGAGGAGGUGAGCGGCUACGACGAUGCCAUGAACCCCAUCCGGACGUACCAGGUGUGCAACGUGCGGGAGAGCAACCAGAACAACUGGCUUCGCAGUGACUUCAUCCCACGCAAGGAUGUCCUCCGUGUCUACGUGGAGAUGAAGUUCACUGUGCGCGACUGCAACAGCAUCCCCAACAUCCCAGGCUCCUGCAAGGAGACCUUCAACCUCUUCUACUACGAGUCCGACUCAGACUCGGCCACGGAGACAAGUCCAUUCUGGAUGGAGAACCCCUAUGUGAAGGUGGACACCAUCGCACCCGAUGAGAGUUUCUCCAUGUUGGAGUCGGGAAGGGUGAACACGAAAGUGCGGAGCUUCGGACCUCUAUCCAAGGUUGGGUUUUACCUGGCAUUCCAGGACCUGGGGGCUUGUAUGUCAUUGAUAUCCGUCCGGGUCUUCUAUAAGAAGUGCUCAACCACCAUUGCGAACUUCGCCAUGUUCCCCGAGACGGCCACGGGGGCUGAGGCCACGUCGCUGGUCAUCGCGCCAGGGACAUGCGUCUCCAACGCUCUCGAGGUGUCCGUGCCUCUCAAGCUGUACUGCAAUGGGGACGGUGAGUGGAUGGUUCCUGUUGGCUCGUGCACCUGUGCAUCCGGGUUCGAGCCCGCCAUGAAGGACACCCAGUGUCAGGGUGAGUGUGACAUCAAGGACACUCAAUGUCAGGCUUGCAGCCCGGGCACGUUCAAAUCCAAGCAGGGUGAGGGCUUCUGUACUCCCUGCCCACCGAACAGCCGGACCAGCUCUGGAGCAGCCAGCUUGUGCUCCUGCAGAAACGGCUACUACCGCUCAGACACAGACUCACCUGACAAUGCCUGCACCACCGUCCCCUCUGCGCCGCGCAGCGUUAUCUCCAACGUCAAUGAGACCUCCCUGGUCCUGGAGUGGAGCGAGCCGCGUGACUCCGGCGGUCGCGGCGACAUCUUCUAUAACAUCAUCUGCAAAAAGUGCCUGCCCGAGCGUGGUAUGUGCUCACGCUGCGACGACAACGUGGAUAUCUCGCCGCGCCACCUGGGCCUGACGCAGCGUCGUGUGGCGGUCCGCAACCUGCAGGCACACACCCAGUACAGCUUUGAGAUCCAGGCCGUCAACGGCGUGUCGAAUAAGAGCCCGUACACGCCGCAGUUCUCCGCCGUCAACAUCACCACCAACCAGGCUGCUCCAUCUGCAGUACCUACAGUUCAACUGAUGGGGGCCACAGCGAGCACCAUGAGUCUUUCCUGGCUGCCCCCUGAGAAACCCAAUGGAAUCAUUCUGGAUUACGAGAUUAAGUACCAUGAGAAGGACCAGGGUGAGGCCAUCGCUCACACCAUGACAGCCCAAAGGAGCUCUGCCCGCAUCGAGGGGCUCAAGACGGGCACGCCAUACGUGAUCCAGGUCCGGGCCCGCACAGUGGCUGGGUAUGGCCGCUAUAGCAGCCCCGCCGACUUCAGCACCAACCUAAAAAGUGACCCCAAGAAGUCUCUUCAGGAGCAGCUGCCCCUUAUUGUGGGUUCGGCCACUGCAAGUCUAGUCUUCAUUAUCGCUGUCGUCGUCAUCGCCAUCGUCUGCCUCAGGAAGCAGAGGAAUGGCUCUGAGUCGGAGUACACAGAGAAACUGCAGCAGUACAAAUCCCCUAUAGUCACGCCGGGAAUGAAGGUCUAUAUCGACCCCUUCACCUAUGAGGACCCCAAUGAGGCCGUCCGCGAGUUUGCCAAGGAGAUCGACAUCUCCUGCGUGAAGAUUGAGGAAGUCAUUGGCGCAGGAGAGUUUGGGGAGGUGUGUCGCGGGCGUUGCAAGCUACCCGGCCGACGUGAGAUCAUUGUGGCUAUCAAGACACUCAAGGUGGGCUACACCGACCGGCAGAGGCGGGACUUCCUGAGCGAAGCGAGCAUCAUGGGACAGUUCGACCACCCCAACAUCAUUCGAUUGGAAGGCGUGGUCACCAAGAGCCGACCAGUCAUGAUUGUCACAGAGUUUAUGGAGAACGGGGCACUGGACUCUUUCUUGAGGCUCAAUGACGGGCAGUUCACAGUGAUCCAACUUGUGGGCAUGCUGCGUGGCAUCGCCGCGGGCAUGAAGUAUCUGUCUGACAUGAACUACGUCCACCGGGACCUGGCUGCACGCAACAUCCUGGUCAACAGCAACCUGGUGUGUAAGGUGUCUGACUUCGGCCUGUCGCGCUUCCUCGAAGAUGACGCCACGGACCCCACCUACACCAGCUCACUGGGAGGCAAGAUUCCUAUUCGCUGGACGGCCCCCGAAGCCAUCGCCUACAGGAAGUUCACCUCGGCCAGUGAUGUGUGGAGCUACGGCAUCGUCAUGUGGGAAGUGAUGUCGUACGGAGAGCGGCCAUAUUGGGACAUGAGCAACCAGGAUGUGAUCAACGCAGUGGAGCAGGACUACCGGCUGCCCCCGCCCAUGGACUGCCCCACAGCGCUGCACCAGCUCAUGCUCGACUGCUGGGUCAAGGAAAGGAACCUUCGGCCUAAGUUCUCCCAGAUCGUAGCAACUCUGGACAAGCUCAUCCGCAACGCCGCCAGCCUCAAGGUGGUCACCAGCAGCACGCAAUCUUCCAGGGUGUCGCAGCCCCUGCUCGACCGAUGCGUCCCUGACUACACCACCUUCACCACCGUGGGAGACUGGCUGGAUGCCAUCAAGAUGAGCCGCUAUCGCGACAACUUCCUCAAUGCCGGCUUCGCCUCCUUCGAUCUUGUGGCCCAGAUGACAGCAGAAGACCUUCUUCGGAUAGGAGUGACAUUGGCCGGCCACCAGAAAAAGAUUCUAGGCAGCAUUCAGGACAUGAGACUGCAGAUGAACCAAAUACUGCCUGUCCAGGUCUGAGAUGGACCAACAGACAGACAGAUGGACAGACAGGAUGGGGAGGAACUGUGCCAGAGAGAGAGCCAAUAGGAAACCCUAGCUGCCUGACCAUCUCUGCCAAUCAGACGAAAACAAAACUGGCUUGCAGUGCCUCGAACUAGUCAUAGUUUUUUUUCUUUUUUUUCUUCCACGCCAACGUUUUAUGUUUCUGUGUUCCACAUUAUUAGUCUAACGUUUUUACAUCCGAUAAGACUUUUAACAGGAUUAUUUUGUUUAAAAAAAUGUCUGAAGAGAAGAAAGAGAACCCAUAUCCCAUGCGGGCGUCACUUGGUCCAGUGUGGGGUAAUCGUUUGCAUACGUGUUUGUGAGGUUGGCCAGGACUUAACCCCUCCCCUCCCACCUCUUGUAUCCUGAACUUAGUAUUCCUCCUAUGGAAAUCCAUAUCCUUGAUCCUUGAUCCUUGACCCUACCCCAACAUCUGUCGGAAAGCCCCCUGACGGACAUUACAGUUGGAAGAGGAUGAACACUGUUUGAGAAUAAAGUGUUUUUAAAAA